AUGAACGAUACCGAGCACAUGCCAAUGUUCCAUAUUCACCAUUCUACCUCUCAGUAUACACCAGAGAUGCCCGUCAUGCUCUUCUCCACCACCAGCAAACGUCUCAAGCAUCUGACAGAUUCCUCAAUCCAAGAGGCCUCCUCGCCAACGCCAUCGCCACAGAGCUCUAUACACCACCGCCCACCUCGCGAUUUGGGGGUUUUUACCACCGGCCGACUUAGCCUCCCGGCUGACACCUCUGCCGGAGAGGUCUCGCCAAAAUGCCCCUCCCGCCACCACACAGCUGCCGGCCGGCCUUUCCGGCCCAACGCCGCGCCACACCGACGGCCAAGUCCUCAGCCCUCUACUCCAGGCACUAACACCACAAAUCUUCCCCCAGAUUCCACACACACGCACACACACCAUCUCUCACCCACACCUCCGACGAACUUCGAUAAAUAA